GGAGGAGGGGGGCAAGCGAGCAGCGCUGCGGCCAAUCACUCAGGAGGCGGCAGCAGGGGCAGAGCCACGGCUCCAGCAGCACUUUGCAAACUUCUUCUGGCAAGUAAAGGUCGCCGGUGUGAGCCACAGCUAGCAAACCAGAGAGCGAACCAGCCCAGGGGACAGUCAGUGGGCAUUGCUUAUCUGAUACUCACCCUCUGUGCCUGCCUUGCUGUAUAACUCCCGGUACGCCUUGUAGCAGUUCACGGGACUCCCCCCUGCCCCGUUCCCUCGAACCCUUUGUGUGUGUCCACCUUGCCUUGGUUCACUCACCAUGCUCCGGAUGGCUGCCCCCCUCCUGCUGGUUUGCACUCUAGCAGUCUGCAGCCUCCCUGCCUGGGCUGAUCUCAAGACUAAAAGUUGCGUGGAGGUCCGGAGACUUUAUAUUUCCAAGGGUUUCAACCAAAACGAUGCACCCUACCAUGAAAUCAAUGGUGAUCAUUUGAAAGUAUGUCCACAGGGGCACACAUGCUGCUCCCAGGCUAUGGAGGAAAAAUACAGCCAACAGAGCAAGCACGACUUCAAGGCAGCCGUCAUCGAACCAUGCAACAAUGUGCAAAAUACUUUUGCUUCCAGAUACAGCAAAUUUGAUGAGUUUUUCAAGGAGCUGCUUAAAAAUUCUGAGACCUCAUUGAAUGAUAUGUUUGUGCGGACUUACGGAAGACUCUACAUGCAGAACUCCGAGCUUUUUAAAGAUUUCUUUGUGGAACUGAAAAAAUACUAUGUUGGUGGCAAUGUCAACUUAGAGGAGAUGUUGAAUGAUUUCUGGGCACGACUUCUAGAACGCAUGUUCCGACUGGUAAACCCACAGUUCCAGUUCACAGAUGACUAUUUAGAAUGUGUUAGCAAGUACACUGACCAGUUAAAACCUUUUGGGGAUGUACCACGUAAACUCAAAAUCCAAAUCACACGUGCCUUCGUAGCAGCUCGAACCUUUGCACAAGGGCUUUCAGUGGCUAGAGAUGUAGUCAACAAGGUUUCAACGGUAAAUCCCACACCUCACUGUAUUAAAGCAAUGAUGAAAAUGACCUACUGUCCUUAUUGUCGUGGGCUUGUUACUGUAAAACCUUGUAAUAAUUACUGUCUGAACGUAAUGAAAGGCUGUCUCGCUAAUCCUGGAGAUCUGGACGCUGAAUGGAACAACUUUAUUGAUGCCAUGUUAAUGGUAGCAGAGCGGCUGGAGGGCCCAUUUAACAUUGAAACUGUCAUGGACCCAAUUGAUGUGAAGAUUUCUGACGCCAUAAUGAACAUGCAAGAAAAUAGCGUGCAAGUCUCCGAAAAGGUGUUCCAAGGAUGUGGCCAGCCAAAACCUCUUCCUCCAGGAAGAACUGCCCGUUCGGCUUCAGAUGUAGGAUUCAACUCUCGCUUUAGAUCCUAUGCUCCCGAAGAAAGGCCAACAACAGCUGCUGGUACAAGCUUAGAUAGACUGGUGGCAGAUGUUAAAGAAAAGUUGAAGAAUGCUAAAAAGUUCUGGUCCUCCCUGCCUGGAAGCAUUUGUAAGAAUAACUGGACAUCGGGAGCCAAUGAAGAUGACUGUUGGAAUGGAAGCGACAAGAGCAGGUACUUGUAUGCCGUGAUGGGAAACGGCUUGGCGAAUCAGAUCAACAACCCUGAUGUUAUAGUCGAUAUCACAAGGCCUGACAUGGUGAUCCGUCAGCAGAUCAUGGCGUUACGUGUAAUGACAAACAAAAUGAAGAACGCCUACAAUGGGAACGAUGUGAAUUUCAUUGAUAUAAGUGACGAGAGCAGUGGGGAAGGAAGCGGCAGCGGUUGUGAUCCUCAGAAGUGUUCCGGAGAAUUUGUGUUUAACAGCACAGAUGAGCCUAAUAUAAACACAAAAAAGCACAAGCCAGUGGGUGACAAUAGAAAGGAAGAACAGCCCAGCGCAGCUUCCACCAGCACUGUCUCACUACUAGUCCUGCUUCUCAACACCUUGGUUUUGCUGAGGCAAUUGAGAUAAUGAAAGUGGAUUUUAUGCUAUAGCGAAGAGACUAAUUUUCUCAAUAUGGAACUGCACCUUUUCUACAUUUUUACCAUCAAUUGACUCGUCUUUUUAAGUUAACGGACAAAGGUGUGCCAUUUCUACUAUGUUGCCACUGGUUCAAGUUGGAUCCACCUGUAACCCACAGUAUCAUUGGGGUGGGAUAUGGACUUUAAUGACCUGUCCGGUUUAAUGUGGCAGACAAAACAUGUAUAUACAGAUUUGUAGGUAGCUUUGCAUUAUUGUUUUAUCACAUUUCCAUACAAUUAAUACUAUGGUCACACCUUGGCAUGUAACAAUUAUGCUUUUUUUUUUAUUGAAAUAUCUGUACAGAAGCUAUUUUUAUUUAUCAUUGUAACCAACUUCUUUGAGAGGAAAAAAAUGACCAAGCAGUCAGCAACAUAUGCUUCUUCGAGUUAAGAUUUCAGUUAUAUGGCAAUACUGCACUUGCUCGAUCUCAAAAUUGGUUUCAACUAGUACGAAUUGCAAUGACUUAUUUGGUACGUUGACCAAGUGUUUGGGCUAAAUCCACUGCUACACAGUAAUAAUACUGGCUACAAUAACAAUAGUACAGCUUACUUAAUGCAAGCAAAGAGGCCUUUGAUAACAGUAAAAAAAUAAGUCUGUUUUAACCUGUUUUUAUCACUGUAUGUAAUAGAUCCUUAUUUUUGUCAUUUUUAUAUUUUUCUGUGUGCUUCUAAACACCCCAAAAAAAUCACUCAGAUGCAACAUUAGGAUUUUCAUUAAUUUGGUGUAUGUGUGUUCAUGUGCGCGUGUGAUUUUGUGUGUUACCAAGUUGUACUAAAUAGUGAUACUGUUGACAACGAUGUGAAUGACUGCUUCUUCUGGGUGCCAUGCUAUUAAAUUGUUUCAAGAAGACA